UCAGUCAUUCUAGCUCUUGCAUCAUCAUCAGCAUCAUCGUCAACGUAUCAUGGUCAAGCGCCUGUUCUAAAUUUUCCGUACCAAGACGCUACAAGUGAACCGUACGUUACUAAAUUGUUGGGGAUCAUGUCCGUGUCGUGGAGCAGUAUGCGUGGCUGCUUUUCAGAAAUGGCCAAGCAAGAGCAAAAUGAAGCGGACAGCCGGCACCGGAAGCUGAACGUCAUCAUGUUCGUACUUCCCGGACUAUUGACCGCCGUCAUCUUCGGCUGGGCCUUGUUUCUAUUGUCUGCCAUUAAAAGAGCUGAGGCACGACAAGAUGAACAUAUUGACAGCAGAAGUCAAGAAGGUUUGACGUCUGGAGGAAUCUACUUCUACCUGCAGCACAUUAACAGCUCAAGAUCAAAUAAAACCGAAGUCAAAUCACAUACCCUGCCUUACGCUUUCAGUAGCGUUGCGUCUCGAACAAGCACGACUUCAGAACAGAGCAGAUUUGCGAUUAGCGGGUUAAUCACUAUCUUGCUGCGAAGAGUCACGACACAAAGCGUUGCUGCGGCCAACCAAACCUUGGUAACGAAUCCACUCUUUUGCAUUAAUGCAACGAGCCCGCAGUCUCGACACACAGCCAACGACUCUGGAACUAAUGAUGCAAAGAUCGAAGUUACGACUUUAAGUGCACCGAAGACGACAUGGACGACCCAUAGCCUUUCUUCAACGAGCCAAACUCAGAUAGCCACCAGUGUGAGUGAUUCCACUGGCAGUGAGACUGCGACAGAAGUAUACGAAUCGAUGACUGAACAAUUCACAACAGAACAAGUUCUUGAGGACAUGGAGCAUGGAUGGCUGGGAGGUAAUGUGAACAACCAGCCUCAGGAUGACAGUGACCGUAUUGUCGAAGGCAUAGACGUUUCUAAGGAGAACUCUGAUGGACGUGGGCACAAACCGCCGUCACAAUAAUUUCCGAUUGCUUUCUGUUACACCUAUCUUGCUCACAAGCACGUUGAUAACGAAGUACAGGAUCGAAAAACUAUC